CGUUCAUGCUACUUGAUGUUGCUAACGAGGUGGGAAGUCUCCGCCAUCACGGCAAGUGAUGCACAUGGAAACGCAGUUUCAUGGACGCCAGUUGCAUCGGAUGAAAUGAAGCAGGGAGUGGUCUUGUAAAACAAAGACUGCGUUAUGGUACAGACACGUGAAAAGCGAACAUAGAUCAUAUGCAGUCAGAGUUGCGCUUCUCUUUACGAAGCCUCGAGUGUCACUUGCUCUCGUGAAUGUUUGAAUCUCCGGGUUUUGUUGGUGUCACAAACUUCUGCUGUCUUGGUAAAGGGGGUUGCGACCGUAGUGAUGGUCCACAUGUCGGGGAUCAGCAGCAGAAGUACUACAACUUCGCGUCGAUGGACCUGCUAUGCCACCAGUGGUCAAAUCAUCAGCAAAAAUGCAGCGGUCUACGUGAGGAAAUCCAUCAGCAGCAGCGGCAGGAGUUUAAAGGAAUCAUCAGGAAUAUCAAGAAAGGGGAACUGACAACAAUACAUCAUGAAGUGGGGUCAAAGAGGUCAAAGUGAUGUGGACAUAGGAAGUAGAUUAUACGUAAUUUGCAGAUGUAUAGGAAUUUAUCACGAAUACUACUCCGUUCUUUUUUCUACGACAUGAAUUCUUGAAACAAAUAUAUUUGUAACAGUAAGAUUUUCAGUGAUCGUCGGUAUUUAUUUCAAUUUUUUCACUACAAGUACAUAAUUAUAAUUAAGGCGAGUGAAGGAAUGUGCGCAUAAAAUAAUCCUGAAAUGUUACAUUAAAUUCUGUCUUAUAGUGCGGGGAAAUCUAGUGAUGUCACUGGUGAAGUCGGGGUACAUGUAGCAAUGGAGACUGCAGGAGCAGAGUGUUGUGAAAUAUACUUCCAGAAUAGGCACUGACAAACUGUGAACCGGUCUCUCUGUUGCCGCGAUAUGGUGCCAGAGAGGGUCGGCUUCUUGGGAGGACUUCCAGUCACACCUUGCAGCUAACCGAAGAGGCUACCGCCCCGUCCCCAGUCAGCUGCUGCAGGCCAACAUGAACCGGGUGAUGCGAGCCCUAGUGCCUGUAGGCCUCGUCCCUGUUUCGCUCUUCUUCUUCUGGCUGCUUGUGCUGCCCGGUUGGUGCUCGGAGGACGAAGAACGGCUUGUGAGAGAUCUGUUCCGAGGGUACAACAAGCUGAUCCGACCCGUGCAGAACAUGACACAGAAAGUGGAUGUUCGAUUCGGUCUUGCCUUCGUUCAACUCAUCAAUGUGAAUGAGAAGAACCAGAUCAUGAAGUCAAACGUGUGGCUUCGUUUGGUGUGGAGUGACUACCAGCUGCAGUGGGACGAAGCAGACUACGGUGGCAUCGGGGUCCUCAGACUUCCGCCAGACAAAGUAUGGAAACCGGAUAUAGUGCUCUUCAACAAUGCUGAUGGUAACUACGAAGUGAGAUACAAGUCCAACGUGCUGAUCUACCCGAACGGGGAAGUGCUGUGGGUCCCUCCAGCCAUUUACCAGAGUUCAUGCACCAUCGACGUGACGUACUUCCCUUUCGAUCAGCAGACUUGCAUCAUGAAGUUUGGGUCGUGGACAUUCAACGGUGACCAAGUGUCCUUAGCAUUGUACAAUAACAAAAACUUUGUGGACCUGUCCGAUUAUUGGAAGUCAGGUACAUGGGAUAUUAUCGAGGUUCCGGCCUACCUCAACAACUAUCCGGUCACUCCCACUGAAACGGACAUAACGUUCUACAUAGUGAUCCGGCGCAAAACUCUCUUCUACACAGUGAAUCUGAUUCUCCCAACGGUACUCAUUUCCUUCCUCUGUGUCUUAGUGUUCUACCUGCCAGCGGAGGCGGGAGAGAAAGUCACCCUCGGGAUUAGCAUUCUCCUGUCACUCGUUGUGUUUCUCUUGCUAGUAUCCAAAAUACUUCCUCCGACCUCGUUGGUGCUACCUUUGAUCGCUAAGUACUUAUUAUUCACUUUCAUCAUGAACACUGUGAGUAUCCUUGUCACUGUCAUCAUCAUCAAUUGGAACUUUCGUGGUCCUCGGACCCACAGGAUGCCGCCUUGGAUACGCGCCGUGUUCCUCUACUACCUGCCAAUCUUGCUGCUCAUGAGGAGACCCAAGAAGACCAGACUAAGAUGGAUGAUGGAAAUGCCAGGAAUGUCUGCGCCACCUCAUCCUUCCUACGGGUCUCCAGCCGAACUUCCCAAACAUAUUUCUGCACCAGCCACAAAUAGAAGUAAAAUGGAGGUUAUGGAACUGUCAGAUCUGCACCAUCCUAACUGUAAAAUCAACCGGAAGUCCAGCACAGAGCUUGGUGGGAGCGGUGCCGGCAGUGGACGCCGGGAGAGCGAAAGUUCCGACUCCCUUCUUCUGUCGCCAGAGGCUUCCAAAGCUACAGAGGCCGUAGAGUUCAUUGCAGAGCAUCUACGCAAUGAAGACCAGUAUAUUCAGAUCCGGGAGGACUGGAAGUACGUGGCCAUGGUGAUCGACAGGCUUCAACUGUACAUCUUCUUCCUAGUGACCACUGCAGGAACCAUCGGAAUUCUCAUGGACGCGCCGCAUAUAUUCGAAUAUGUGGACCAAGACCGAAUAAUCGAGAUUUAUCGCGGGAAAUGAGGAUCCGUGGAGCUGAUUUUUUAUUGGAUUCAAUUAUUUCCUUAGGAAAUAAAUCAUAUGGAACGCUUCUUCAUUGAGAAGAGUUGUGUGUUGAAUAUGUUCAAGCGAAAGCCAUUAUAUGACUCUAAUGAAAAUUUCAGCGCUCUUCGAGCACUCUGUAUAGUGAUAUUCCAUUGUUAUAUAUAUAUAGUGAAACAAAAAUUUGAAGCGAAACAAAGAAAAUAUAACAAUCAUGUCGCUAGCUAUAUUUGUUUCCGUGAUGAAUUUAAAUCAACGACAUGGGAUUAUACAAAUUGUUUUAUUUGUUAACAGUGGCAGUAUACAAAUAUUUCGUGGUUAGAGAGAUAAGCCUAACGAUUGUUUUGGUCCCAGUUACGAGAAUGAGGUGUUUUUUAAAAAUCAUUCCUUUAAAUAGUUAAAAAAUAAUGAGUGUUUGGGACAUACGCUGAAAAAACUGACAACUAAAAUGUUUUCUCUGAUGUAACCAGAAAGAAGUAUGCUCAACAUUACAAAUGUAUGAAGUAAAUCUUAAAUUCUAUAUGCACAUAUAAUAUUAUGGAAGAAGGAAGUCUACAACAUGUAAAUUACCUUUUUCUCUAUUGCUAUAAGAACAAACGAUGUAUUAUUAACAAAUUGACUUCCUUUCAUAGGUUCUGUAAUUGUCAUUGAAUGUUCAAGUGUGGUAGAAGGACAGGUAUAAUCAUAACAUUAUUAUUUUUCUCUUUGUGGGCGCAGCAUCACUAGAAUAUGGACACUAUGAUAGGUCACACUGUAGUUGCCUUGUUCGCCAAAAUAUGACCCCUCCCCCCUCCAAAAAAUAAAUUCGACAGGUACAAAGCUGCCGGUAAAUAGAAUUUACGGAAGUACUUGUUGAACACGCAAACACACCUGAUUCGUGCUCAGUUCAAUAUCAACAAUAAAAAUAAAGAACGAACCUCCAGAACUGAUAAUACUCUCAUUAACUUGUAAUUCUGUAGUAAUAUGCGUGAUGUGUAUCUGUAAAAGCUAAUUUUCGAGGCGUUUCUUUUUUUAAAAUGAAUUCUCCCAUUUUUGGUAGAACAUUAACGGAAACGUGUUUUUGGUAUUCCUCCCUUGGGACAUUAUGUUAAACUGUGGUUUGAAUAAGAAUCUUUUUUUUUAAUCAGUCACAUGGACACCACUGUACCGUGGAAGAAGGUAUCAUUAUUUUUCCGUUAAGCAUUUUACCUGUUUCUGAAAUACCAUCAGCAGAAGGGUUGGAAGCUUCGUCAUAAGGAGUAGCUCACCCGCAUUCUACAAUCAUUAAAAUACUUCUGUCUGUACCCUACUCAAAACACAAUACCAGACUACAAAGGAUGUAUUCCAUUAUGUACUAUGAAUAUUUCCAAUGGCGUUCCUUGCAGUUUAUCAAGCUCCCUUACAGCCUGCAUAUUUAUUUAUGGCCUUAAGUACAGUGGAUUUUAUAAUGGGUCAGUAUGACCGAAACCAGAGUUGUCCGCCAACUUUUAGUUACAUUAAAUUAAAAAAAUAAUCUACCCAACUCCUUAGGUUACAUAUGACUAGACAUGACCCCCACAUAAAGCGUUUGUAUCAUGCAAGGAAUAAUUAAGAAAAUAGUUCUUAGGUGAUUAUUAUCAUCAGGCACACAUAACAUAAUCGAUUCCAUGAAGUCAAAAUAAUCUGUUUCACUACCUGAAGUGUCAGAGACUUAAUGCCACAGUUGCAGAAUCCACAUUCACAAGAAAUGGCAUAUAAGGGGAGGUCGAUUUGACCGAAACAUGUAAAGGAUGAAAAAUUAAAAAACACAACCUUUAUUAAUCACACUGGGCGGUGGUUAAACAUCUUACAUGCAAUUAUUAAUGUGAGGGACCAGGAUGAACCAUGUUAAGGGGAGGUGAAGUAAAGAAAGGCACUGUGAAGAUAUAAAUGAGGUACAAGGAUGUUAAUUUUCAAGAUCUUACCAAAUAUGUGGGAUUAUAUGUAAAAAGGUUGUAAGAAAAUCUUAAUCACAGAUACAUUUAUUUUUUAUCUGUGACAAAAGAUUGAAUUUGACUCUAAUUAUAUAAACUAGGAACCGAAAUACUUCAUGUUAAGCCCUGGUUAGGCAUAUUUGGCACACUUAAAAAUGUUUCUUCUGUAGUAUACGCAUGUUGAAACAAAUCAAACUUCUUAAAACAACAAAUCCAUAUGUUAAAUUUUUCCAGAGAAUUAUAAUGUAGGGUUACUUGAAUUACAUACUUAAGAUAAAAAUGUUAUCCAGUAAAACCAAAGGUCCUGAAUUUGAAACCAGCCAUGGAGACAAUUUUUAUUUUUUAGUUACUAAUUAAAUUAUUUAUAUCAAUUUAUAUGUCAGGUUAUGUUCAUAAACGAAAGACAUUUCGCACUAUUCAGGUAUAUCAAGUAUCUUCUAACAAGAAAGGUAAAGUAAAUAACUUUCACAUCAAAGUCAUAUUCAGAAUCACACAAAAGAUCAAAAUCCUCAGUUCCUUGGACAGCACACUCUACAUUUUCAUAAUAUUCAUGAUUGAUUGGUGGGAUUUGUUAUAAAAGGUCUAGUAGAUAUUUAAUCUUUUCUUUUGUCAGUGUCAUUAGAAUAUAAAAUUUCUAGGUCAUUAAUCUCAUGCUCUUUGGAUGUUCUUGGGAGCAUUUAGUGAAGUCUGCUUCCAUGAAUUUCAGGUCUUCAUUGAGACUCUGCUUCACUCUCAGUCUCCAUUCUGAAAUCUUCCUUUAUUAUGAUCCCAGAAAGCUAGCUCAUAACCAUUCAACAUUCAAAAAAUCAACAGAGACAUUUUUAGCUUGUUACAUCUCUUUAUAAAUUUGUGCACAAAAAGAAUCAUCUUCUGCUUUCAUCUGUGUGACAAAUUAAGGCUGAUUCUUCCUCACAUGUUGAAUUAUCAACGUUGAUGUACAAAAAUUUUAAGAUUGUAUCUUUUAUCUUCUUUAUGACACUGAUGUUCUUUCCAAAAAAUGAAAAACCAUCCAGAAAUUAAGAGACAGUUCUGAUCUGCUGAAUGGAAAUAACAGUACUUUUUCAUUGUACAGCUGAGCAUGAUGACAUUUUGAAAUUCCUUCUGUAUUCCUGGAACAUGUUGCUAUAGAAUAUGAGAUGCUUAACAAAUGAUUGAAGUUUUGUCUUUCUGUGUUCCAUUAAGCAAGAAGUGGCUUCUUCUACUCAUCUGGAAGCAAUGUUCUCACUCCAGAAUACAUGUAUCCAGUGUUUAUUAUUUCACUGCACAUCCUAGACUGUUUCUAUUUAGACCCUGCCAGUGCUUGGGCUGCAUGUUGGUAGUGUUUUUGCAAACUGAAGACCAGGAAAAACAUAUCAGUGGACUUUUUCUUUGCAUUUUCCACAUUUCCUUCUUGGUUUCUUUUGCCCUGUCAGCCUCCAUAAAGAGUAAUUCCUAUGGAGCAUAAUUUUUUCCUUUUCUGUGUCAUCAUGGAGAGCUCUCAGUUCAGCAUUGAUUGCACUGCACUUAUGAAAAGUGUAUGUCUACAGAUGACAGAAGUGCAGGUGUGAAUUAUUACUAAAAUAUGUCAACACACAUAGAGCAACAUAACUAUUUUUCAGUGUUCUUUGCACUGUCUUUUUUGUACAAGAACUGAUUUGGUCAUCAUAAUACUUUAUGGAAAGCACCUCAUUUUGACAUUGUCAUGGCAGCUCUAGUGUGAAGCUUAAAUUGACAUUAAUCUAAUACCAAAGAGAUUGGUCUAGGAAUAAAUAUCUAGACUUGUAUUAAGGGGAUUCUCAUGGGGCCAUGCCAUAGCUCAAGCAGUUAGUCUCUGGCUUCCCAC